CACACCAUGGCAGUCGUGCAUGGAAACCUCGGAACUGGACACUUAAAACCAUUUCAGAUGUAUGCAUCCACGGAUUUGGAAAGGGCUAUGACGCAAACGACAGAUUUUGGCACAAAGUUCCUCAGCGGCGCACAUCCAGUGGCCUCCAGGGCGGACAGCAUGGCCUUGUUUACGCACCGCAGAAAGCGCACCAACUUCACGCAGCAGCAGAUAGACGUCCUGGAGAAAAUUUACCUGGACACCAGAUACCCUGAUAUUUACUUAAGAGAGAAACUUGAAGCGCUGACCGGCUUGCCAGAGUCAAGAAUUCAGGUGUGGUUCCAGAACCGAAGAGCCAAGUCUCGGCGCCAGGUGGGCAUUCCCGUUUCAGCUAAGACCAGUGGAAAUAUCCUGACCUCCAACACUUUCAUAAUGAACCAGUUUACAACCCAUAAGAAACACACCGGCCUGGAGACGCAAAGGACGCCCCAGUUUGCCACAAGGGAUAACUUCAGUCAACAUCUGACCAGCUCUGCCAAUGAGAAGGGCUGCAACAUGAAAGGUGACCUGUACGACCCAACCACGAUUCCGUGCCUGUUCAGCACAGCCGAGGAGAACCAGGUCAAAACGGAUCACCUGAGCGUCGUGGUUCCGCGCAAUUACGCACAGCAGUAUCCAAAGGCGUACGGACAGUUUAUGGCUACAAGCCAUGCAAAAGCAACAAUGAAACAAUUUUUGGUGGAAUAUGACAAUUUCCCUCCGAACAGGACCAUCGGACCAGAGAUGAAGGUUGUCAUUCCACCUCUACCAUCACAGAAUAACUUAAUUAUAUCGUCGUCAUCACCCAAACACAUCGCCUGUUCUGUCCAAAGCGUGCCAGUUAAGGUCCAGCCGUCGACUUUUGGCACUUUCUCUCCUAUUAGAGCAAACGAAGCUGUAGAGUUUUCAGAUUCUGACUCGGACUGGGAAAGAGAGGCCAUGGCUAGUUUUAAUAGCUUUAUUUAG